GCCGCUCAAUUUACUACGGCUCUCUCAUCACUUGGAGCAAUUAUGCCCAGGCCGUGAUUGCGUCGACAGACAAGGACAUGGGAGGCCGCGGUGUGUGAUACUGCUAUACUGAUAUAUACUCCGCCUACCUAGUCUGUUCAUUGCUUGGUCCCCAGUGUACCUGUUCACUACAGCCGACAUCCCUGAGCCUGCAUCAGAUCGUCUUCCAACACUACGCCGAACACCUCGAUCAACACCCAGAGCUGCGGGAUAUGCUCGCGGAAAUUGAGAAGAACCCUAACUUGGCGUCUAAUCCGGACAAGAGGGCCGAGGUGAAGAGGCUCAUCUCUGAACUAUACAGGAGAUUUCUCGACAGUUUUAGUGGUGUUGUCGCGGCAACCCCUUUUGCAGGCUGCGCGUCAAAGUUCGUCCGACACUCCAAGGCUGAUGUCUGCCUAUUGGAGGAAGCCACCAAGCUUACGGAUCUGGACUUCCUUAUGGUCGUCCGUAAACACUCACCCGACUUCCAGGAGGACCUGCAUCCUUGGCCCCUUGGGAAGCGGUGUUCUAAUGAUCCUCACUUUUCGUCAAUGUCCUCGAGCUGCUACGCAUCUUAUAGUCCGUUGUCUCGGCCACCCUCACGUCCGUCUCGUCCAACCUCUCCAUCGUCUCACCCACCUUCACCUCUGUCUCGUUCGACCCCAUCCUCGCACCAUCCGCAAGCAAUGGAACUACCGGGUUCGACAACCACAGGACAGAGCUAAAAGCGAGCCUUAGAGAACCCCUGCAUGAAGAGCUCCAUGUCCGGUUGUAUGAGAGUUUUAGGAGAGAGACGGCCAGAAUUGGCCUAUUCGAUAUUCGUCGCAUACGACGUCGACGGCAUACCUUUUGCUCCCUGCAGCCUGCGAUACUAUGCCCUACGCCCCCAG